CUAUCUUAUACGAUCUCUGACCCAUAUUUGGUAUUUAUAGUUGGCAGAUCUGCAUGUGUUCAUUAUAUGUAUGAGUAAAAGAGAAAGACGAACAAAGAAAGAAACAGUUUAGUAUAUUGAUAAAAAAUAAAUAAGUUAGAUGGGUUGAUUGCUUUUAACCAGCGAUCAGUCGAGUUGUCGCAUUGGUCAUUUUUACAUGUAGAUUAACGAAUUAAAGAAUUUUAGUAUUAUAUUACUAUCAUUAGUAUUCUCCAUCAAUUUUAAUAAGAAUGAUAGCUGGAAGGAUGUUAUCUACUCUUGUCAGGACAAGAUUAACUUAUUGUGCGAAACCACAAUUACUAAAACAAAGACAAAAUUUGACUAUGUUUCUAUUGGUAUGUAAGUUAUCGAGUUAUCAAGUUACAAAAAAUAUUGAACAUAUUUCACAAAACAAUCGAGUUAGAACUGAUAAAACUAUAUGGAAUUUUAAUCAUGAGGAAAAUAAACCUCUAUUAGUUUUACUUAGUUGGUUGUUACCAAAGCGUGCACAUGUUAUGAAAUAUGUGGAUUUAUAUUUGCAACAAGAAUUUGAUGUUUUACUAGUAUCAAUUACACCUUGGCAACUAUUAUGGCCAACAAAAGGAUCUAGGCUGGUUGCAGCAGACUUGAUAGAGUUUCUAGCAAAAGAGCAAAAUUAUCAGCAAAUAUUGUUACAUGGAUUUUCAGUAGCUGGAUAUAUGUGGGGAGAAGUAUUGGAUUUACUGCAGCAUGAUCCUCAAAAAUGUAACGAUAUAUUUAACAGGAUUGUUGGUCAAGUAUGGGAUAGUUUAGCUGAUGUGAAUGACUUGGCAGUAGGUACACCACGUGCUUUAUUUCCAAAAAAUGAAAUGCUACAAAAUAUAGGUCAAAAGUAUUUUGAAUAUCAUUUGAAAACUUUUUAUAAACAAUCUACUCAAUAUUAUAUAAGAUCUAGUCAAUUAUUUCAUACAAACACGCUGCAUAAACCAGCAUUAAUGUUUGUUAGUAAAACGGAUACAGUGAGUUCACUAACGAGUAAUCUAAGAGUAAAGGAAAGCUGGGAUUCUUUGGGUACAAAAACUUAUAUGAAGAUAUUUGAAAAGUCCUCACAUGUUGAACAUUAUCGUAAAUAUCCAAAAGAAUAUACAGCAGAACUAUAUGCUUUCUUGAAUCAAUUAAAUUUAAUGCAGAAAGAAAAAAAAGUGGGGGUACAAGUUUAAGUGCAUAUUAAACGUAUCAAAAAAUAUUCAAGGUAAUCUUAUACAUAUGUACGAAAUAUGUAGUUCUUGGAUGUAAAUAUUCAUUUUUUACACAAAUUAAAAAAAAAUAAACUACAAAGUUAUUUAUUAAAUAAAUAAUUUUGGUCUAACUACUUUUGGCUGUGAACUUUAUCUGUGAGUAAAAUUUUGUGCAAUAAUAUUAAAAAAGUAUAAUUUAAAA